UGUUGGUUUUGUCGUGACGCGGCUCAUAUAUAUUAUACAUUUAACAUCAGUUUUUUUUGUAGCAGAUAGCGGUAUUACGGUGUUUACAAGGUGGUUGUGGCAGUAUUAUGUUAUAUCAUUGUAUUUAAAAUGACUAAAGGACUAACACAUUGGGCGGAUAUACUUACAACUGUUCUAUACUUUGUCUUUGUUUUAGCUGUUGGACUGUGGUCGAUAUGGCGAAGAAAAAAGGGAAAUGUGGAAGGGUACUUUCUCGCCGGAAGAGCAAUGCCGUGGUUUGCUGUUGGGGCGUCUAUUUUUGGAAGCAACAUUGGUAGCGAACAUUUCAUUGGCUUAGCCGGAUCAGGUGCGGCUGCGGGAAUUGUAUUUGCGCUCUUUGAAUGGAUUCCAGCAUUGCUUAUCCAAGUGCUUUCCUGGUUUUUUCUGCCUGUCUUCAUAUCAGCGGGGGUGUAUACGUUGCCAGAGUAUAUGCAGAAAAGGUUUGGUCGGGAGCGCUUAAGGAUUUACCUCAGUGGACUUGCAUUAUUUCUACACAUCAUCAGCCGCUUGUCGGCGACAAUAUUUUCUGGGGCUGUGUAUGUCCAACUUGCGCUAGGUUGGAAUAUGUACCCUUCCAUUAUUGGACUUCUAUUCAUAACUGCAAUAUUCACAAUACUUGGAGGUCUAACAGCCGUAAUGUACACAGACACGGCACAAUCAAUAAUCAUGGUUAUUGGAUCUUUCGUUGUUCUUGGAAUAAGUUUGGACAAAAUUGGCGGAUAUGAAAAUUUAGAGGCAGAAUACCAGAAAGCAAUUCCUUCAGUGCAUCUGCCUAAUUCUACUUGUGGUAUACCACGUGACGAUGCUUUUCAUGCCCUUCGUGGUCUUGAUGCAGAUUACCCUUGGCCUUCCAUGCUUCUACAGUGUGCAAUUGCCUCGGCUUGGUACUGGGUUUGUGACCAGAUAAUGGUACAAAGAUGCCUUGCCGCCAAAAAUAUCAGUCAUGCUAAAGGUGGAACGCUUCUUGGGGGCUUUCUCAAAAUACUUCCUCUUUUUAUAAUGAUGAUACCCGGUAUGAUCAGCAGGUGCCUGUAUCCAGAUGAUGUGGCAUGUGCCGACCCUGAAAUAUGUAAAUCUGUGUGUGACAAUGCUGCCGGAUGUUCGAACAUUGCAUAUCCGAAGCUCGUGAUUGAGAUUCUACCUAAAGGCGCACGUGGCCUCAUUAUGGCGGUGAUGCUGUCAGCUAUUGUGACGUCAUUGACGUCAAUAUUUAACAGCUCUAGCACGGUUUUCACGAUGGAUAUAUGGAGACGAUUCCGACCUAAAGCUCACCAAAGAGAAUUGUUACUUGUUGGAAGGGCAUACAUAAUAGUCCUGUGUAUACUGACAAUAUUAUGGAUACCUGUUGUCAAGGCAGCACAAGGAGGACAACUCUUCAGUUACAUGGUUGUUGUCGAAGGUUUUAUAACAGCUCCUUUGCCAAUAUUGUUUGGCCUCGUUGUAUUCUGGAAUAGAACAACAGAACAGGGUGCCUUUUAUGGAAUAGUGAUAGCUAAUGUAUGUGGUAUAAUUAGACUUAUACUGGAGGUAGUAUAUCCUGUCCCAAACUGUGGUGAAGUGGACAUUAGACCUGCGUUUCUAUCUAAAAUACACAGCUUUUACUACUCCGAGAUGAUUAUGCUUUUACAAUUUGUGCUCACGGUUGUGAUCAGCUUGUGCACAAAACCUUUACCAGAGGAGCAGAUACGAGGAACAACAUGGUCGACUCGCAUACGUGCUGACUUAUGCUCCGCAGACAAAGAAGUUAUUGCAGAGCAGAAUAAACUAGUGGAUGACCAUGUCAAUAUUGAACUUGACGUUAGUAAAGAGUCUGGGAAAACUCUUAUGGAAGAAAUUAUUGUUGAUGAGCAGUCAUCGGACACAAAAGAGAAGUCAGGAAUUUGCUCACGUCUAUACCAGCAUCUAUUUGGUCUAUCAGCCAACAAUAAUACUGCGAUUGACAUAAGUUUACAGGACAGAAAAACGUUCUUAAAGGAAACAUCAAAAGCGGUUGUAGCAGUCAACAAUUCUUUGGCAAUUAUAUUGGUAGCAACCGUUUGUUUUCUAAUCGGAUAUUAUAGAUAAUAUUCAUACUCUUUCACCUAUGAAUUGGCAUACUCGCAAAGUAUUCGUUAACUUGUUAAUUUUAUCUUAUUUAUCAAUUGAUUAAAGAUAUUUGUUUAAAAAUGUCUUUUUUUUGCAUUAUAUGUUGUCAAAGUUUAGUUGCAUGUUUUUUUUUUUAUUUAUGAUUAAUUAAAAAAUAUUUUGAAAUCACUUUUUUUGCAUAGUUGCAUGUAUUAUAUAAAUAAUUUAAUAGAAAUAUUAAAAAUAAAAUAUU